UUCUCAUUUGUGGGCGACCGUAGUUUCCCGUAUCGGAAAGAGCUCGGUACGAAAGUGUUGGUCCGUUGCUGGGACGAAAGACCUUCCUCUCCUCCGACGUUGAAGCUUUCUUCCCAUCUCUGAUCAACCUCAUCACAUCGCAUUGCAUCUUGCGUUGCAUUCCAUUUAAUUCCCCCAUCACACCUCCUCUCCACUCCCGUCUUUUCUCUGCAAUUGCCAUCAUGUUCGCCCCUCGUCAGGUGUUCGGCACUUUCCAGCGCCGGGGCUUCUCGGCUUCCGCCCGCCAGGCCUCCAAGGUUGCCGUUCUCGGUGCCGCUGGUGGUAUCGGCCAGCCGCUCUCUCUUCUGCUGAAGUUGAACCCCCGUGUCACUCAGCUCGCCCUUUACGAUAUCCGUGGUGGCCCUGGUGUCGCUGCUGAUAUCAGCCACGUCAACACCAAGAGCACGGUUUCCGGCUAUGACCCCACCCCCUCGGGCCUGAGAGAGGCUCUCAAGGGCUCUGAGCUUGUCCUCAUUCCUGCCGGUGUCCCCCGCAAGCCUGGCAUGACUCGUGAUGACCUUUUCAACACCAACGCCUCGAUUGUCCGCGACUUGGCCAAGGCUGCCGCUGAGGCUUCCCCUGAUGCCAACAUCCUCAUCAUUUCCAACCCCGUGAACUCGACUGUUCCCAUCACCGCCGAGGUUUUCAAGGCCGCCGGUGUCUACAACCCCCGCAGACUCUUCGGUGUCACCACCCUUGACGUUGUCCGUGCUUCCCGUUUCCUCUCCCAGGUCAAGAACACCGACCCCGCCAACGAGAACGUUCCCGUCGUCGGUGGCCACUCUGGUGUCACCAUUGUCCCUCUUCUCUCCCAGUCGAAUGGUGCCGACCUCUCUGGUCAGACCUACGAGGACUACGUCAAGCGCGUGCAAUUCGGUGGUGACGAGGUCGUCAAGGCCAAGGAUGGCGCUGGAUCCGCCACCCUCUCCAUGGCCAUGGCUGGUGCCCGUUUCGCCGAGAGCUUGCUGAAGGCUUCCCAGGGUGUCAAGGGUGUCAUUGAGCCCACCUUUGUUGAUAGCCCUCUGUACAAGGACCAGGGUGUGGACUACUUCGCCUCCAACGUUGAGCUCGGCCCCAACGGUGUUGAGAAGAUCUACCCCGUCGGCAAGGUCACUGAGCACGAGCAGAAGCUCAUUGACACCUGCUUGGUCGACUUGAAGAAGAACAUCCAGAAGGGUGUCGACUUCGUCAAGCAGAACCCUUAAAUGUAUACCCCUCUGGAGCAGACGGAGAGGAUAGGAAUAUAAGUAAAUUGACCUUAGAGCAAUGUGAUGAUCAUAAGUCUAUCUAGUAACGUGUAAACUUGAUUGUGAAGAGCAUCGUCAUGUCGUGAUCACAAAACACGUGGAUGCGAGUGACCUGGAG